CUGCUGCCUGCUCCAGCCACCAGCACGGAGCGAGCCGGGAGCAUGGGGCAGGUGGCUUGGAAGGGUUUAUUUCUAUCACUUUUUGAUUAUAAAACAGAGAAAUACGUCAUUGCGAAGAACAAGAAGGUGGGGAUUCUCUAUCGAGUGGUGCAGCUCUCCAUCCUGGCUUACCUGGUGGGGUGGGUGUUUGUUGUCAAGAAAGGCUAUCAGGACACAGACACAUCCCUCCAGAGCUCUGUCAUCACCAAGCUGAAAGGGGUAGCCUUCACCAACACCUCGGAGCUGGGGGAGAGGCUGUGGGAUGUUGCAGACUACGUCAUCCCUCCACAGGGUGAAAAUGUCUUCUUUGUCAUGACGAAUCUGAUUGUGACACCAAACCAGAAGCAAGCCAUGUGUCCUGAGAGCGUCCACAUUCCCGAUGGCCUGUGUGACAAGGACGGGGACUGCCCGGCAGGCGAAACAGUGGUGGCUGGCAAUGGUGUUAAGACUGGCCGUUGUUUGAAAGGCACGGACAGCAUCAGAAGGACUUGUGAGAUACUGGCCUGGUGCCCAGUGGAGAAAAGAUCCAAGCCCACGAAACCGCUUCUCGCCAGUGCAGAAAACUUCACUGUUUACAUCAAGAACUCAGUCCGCUUCCCCAAGUUUAACUUCUCCAAGACGAAUGUGCUGGCAAGCAACAAGUCCUACCUGAAGAGCUGCCGCUACAGCACGGAGCAUCCCUACUGCCCCAUCUUCCUCCUGGGCAAUAUCAUCCAGUGGACUGGGAACAGCUUCCAGGAAAUGGCCUUGGAGGGUGGUGUGAUAGGAAUUCAGAUUGAAUGGAACUGUGAUCUUGAUAAAGCCCCUUCUGAAUGUAAUCCUCAAUAUUCUUUUAGCCGGCUGGAUAACAAGUUUGCAGGAAAGUCCAUCUCUUCUGGGUACAACUUCAGGUUUGCCAAAUAUUACCGGGAUGCUAAUGGGGUUGAGUACCGGACGCUCAUUAAAGCGUAUGGAAUCCGCUUUGAUGUGAUGGUGAAUGGCAAGGCAGGGAAAUUUAACAUCAUUCCCACCAUUAUCAAUAUUGGGUCGGGACUCGCUCUCAUGGGAGCGGUAACUUUCUUUUGUGACCUGGUGCUGCUGUAUCUGAUUAAAAAGAGUAACUUUUAUCGAGGCAAAAAGUACGAGGAAGUAAAGUAA